AUUAAGACCAAAGUGACCAAAUGUUCGAAAGAUGCCGAACGUCAACGCGAGUGAUCGCUUGAGCUUGGCGUCUCCGUUGGGCAACACGUCGACACUGAUCAUAUCCGGGCGAGGCACGUCCACGCCGAUAUGCAGCCCGGAUCGGUCGUUCCUGCGCAUCUCGCAGCCACGAUUCGUCGAUUACACUCGCAAGAUCAAGCUGGAGUAUCACCCCGACCUCGAUAAUACAUCAGAACCGAUUUUUGGAUUAGUCAACUUGCAGUCGUUGAGUGACAUCAUAAGACGCGAAGAACAGGCCAAAAAGGAGAACGCGAUCGUAAAAUUUAGCGACCAAUUGGAUAAGGGCUCCUCCGACCCGGACGUUACUCGUAUCGGUAAAAACAAGGAUGAGCGAUCGGACUCGCCGAGCGCGAGGAAGACAAACGCCUCCAGUCGGAGACGGUCGAGAAAAUCGAGCAUCUACUCCAAGGUACACGGGCAAACACAAAAACUCGUUGUUGGUAGCUCUUAUGUUCAUUCGAUUAUCCAUCAACAGCCCAAACGAAGGUCCGACCGUCUCGACAGCAAAAAGCCGGGACUGACGCUCGUCCCAAAAUGCCCAAAGUCGCCGAAGCUGUUGACGGCCAUGAGGGAGAAGUUGAGGCAGAAUCGGGAGCGCAUUCGCAAGGAGAACCAAAAGUUGGGCAUCGCGGGAGACAAGCACCUUCCGCAGCAGCCCAAGAGAGAGAAAAACCUCGCGAGGUUCGCUGCCAUUUCGAAGAACAAGUACACCAAGUGUAACGCGUAUCCCGUGACUCGGACGGAAAACUCGAAGAAGCGAAACGAAUCGCUGGAUAAUCAUAACAAACGAGGCGCAGCCGAUAAUCGGAUCAAGCCUUUCAAAGCUCAGCCGAUAAGAAAAUACGUACCCCUGCCGGUCGCUCGAUCGCGCAGUAUAACGAUCCCGCAGUCUCCCAAGUUGGGCAGACGUCGAACGCAUAAUCUAGCUUGUUGACUUCUUUUUUUUUUUUUUUUUUUUUUUUUUUUUUUUUUUUUUUUUUAAACCAAUUGAUUUGUGUACUCUAUUAGGUGACACGAAUUUUUGCUCUUUUGCAUGGAGUCGCUAAAGGAGUAAUUGGAAAGAUAAAAAAAAAAAAAAAAAGAUGUGUUUUCACGUGAGUUUCCAUAUCAAUUAAGAAAUUACGAUUAAGUUAGGUGUCGAUUUUUACAAAGGCGACUUUAAAACAAUUACUGUAGACUAUGGCAAGAUUAUGUUCCUGUAUUGAAAUCACCUUAGUUCUCUAGUGCUCGAAAUCUCUCAUAAUUUUUUUUUUUUCAUCAUUUGUGGACGUUGCAUGUAAUGUAGUAUGGGUUUUUUAAUUACGAGACUUUAUUUAUAAUGAAGUUUCCUCAAAGUAUAUAAUAAACGAACGAAUCGAUUAAAAUUAUUGUCUAUUUUUAUUAGGACAUGUUGUAAAAGACAUACAUACUUAUUCCAAAAUCAUGAGUCGACAUAAUUCGGAUAAAAGUUUUUAAAACAAUAUUUUAAUAACUUAUUUACCAACGAUCAUUAAUUUUUUUGUAAAAAAUAUCUCACUCCAUUCUUUCAUUGAUUUGCCGUUGAAAAAUUGAUGAAUCGUGAUUCCAUCUAGUUCUUUAUUAUCAAAUAAAAAGCAGAUGUGUGUAAAUUUUAUAUUUCAAGCGAAAAUUCAUCAAGCAGUAAAAAUAAAGCAGAUUUUUUUUCACCUUUUCUCGUAAAUAUUACGUCUAUAUAAGGCAACUUGUGUUUUACGUACUAUUUACAAAUAUAUAUAUAUAUUUUUUUUUAAAAGCCGCAAUUUACAUAAUAUAAUAAAACUUUAUAACAAUGCACAUAAAAACUCUAAAUAUAUUGCAGUCCUGUUUCAUCAUGUAUAAUAAUUUAAUGUGAUUGAUGCUUUCAAGUAUACACCAAACGCAUUACCUUUAUGUAUUCAAAUACAAAUAAUAAAUGCAUGACUGUGUAUACGAGUCGCAUUUCAUACAGUUAAUGCUUGGCUAAAUUUUAAUACAGAGAUCAGGAAGGGAAUGUAUCUUUCAGAGAAAAAUGAAACUUUAAAAUAGACUUUAAGUACUAAGUACAAAUAAGUAAAUAAAUGUAAAAUAUUUUCUUUCUCUUUUAAUACUGCGACACAAGUCAGUAAAUUUUAACAUUCAAUUUUUAAUCUUUAUUUACACCGAUUGGAAAUAUUACGCAGCCAAUAUUGAUUUGAAGUUUAUUUUGGAUAAACUUCUUUGUUGUGUAAAUAAAGAACUUGCUUAAAUACAAUACAUCUCACUUCA